AUGUCAGCAUCGAACUCAGCGCCAAGGAGAGUUAUAAUUUCAUGUAUUUUUCUGAGUGUUUUCCUGAAUUUCUAUCUCUACCAUGAUCGAUCUAUUCUGGAAGUGAACUGCAUUAUAGACUCAGAAACUCUGAUCAAUUUCACUAAAAAUCAUGAGAACCGUUUGGAACACGCUUCUCGAAUAAAGAAAAGUGUCGACCGAACAGUACCACAGUGUGUUAAAACUACCAAUUUCCCUACAACUAAAACUCUUCAAAUUCGACUCUACGCGUUUCCAAUCGGUAACAAACUGUUUGAGCUGAUCUCACUGCUUGGAAUCGCAUCAAUUCUACAAAGGACUCCAACAAUUGAUGUUGUCAAACCUGAAUAUGUCACUACAUUUGUGAAAAGUAUUCAACCAAUUUUUCCAAAGUUAUUAGAUCAAUAUGAUCUGAGAAUUUUACCUCCGAACUCCACAAUUAGUAUGAAAGCGAACGACAACGCAUGUUGCAAAUUUGAUGAUCCGAAAAAGUUGUUGAAUGUCACUGUUGAACAUCUCUACUUGCAUGGAAACUAUUUCCAAAGUUAUAAAUAUUUUGAUCACUUACGUUCUAAAAUUCGAGAAUGGCUUGCUCCCACAAACCUCGCGACGUCACUCGCCGGAAUGUUGUUCCCACAAAAUCUCCGAGGAAGUUUUGUAGUCUGUCCUCAUGUGAGACGAGGCGAUUUCAAAACAGAUGGAGUUCACGAGCCGUCGGAUGCAACAUUCACUCGAUCCGCGGUUGAUUUUCUGGUGAACCAAUAUAAACAAUCACAUAAACAGAUUACUGUAGCCGUUCUCGGUAAUGAUCAACAAUUUGCUUACACUAUUUUUCAAGACAAGUUCGGAAACUCAUCAAGCCCUAUUCCUAAUUCUUAUAACUUCACAAUUCCUACCAACUCUCCAACUUAUCAGGUGCUAGUAUCCCCAAGCUUCACACCGGAACUUGAUCUUGCCUUCUCGAGAUCAUUCUGCGACGCCACUCUUAUCACCGCACCAUCUUCAACGUUUGGCUGGUGGCUUUCUUAUCUUUCCAAACCGUCGAGUGUCACUUACUACAGAAAUAUUAGGGAAACCAAUGACAAGGUAGCAAACGAAAUGAUUGAUGAGGACUUCUUCCUACCGAAUUGGAUAAAAUUGCAAACUGGAGAAAACGGUGUCAUUAUUAAAGUUAAAUAG